GGUAGAAUUUGAGGUUUUGUCUGUUUUUUUGGUUGGUCCGUCUACGGUAUCAUCACCUGUCAUUAUUAUCACGGACUCGGUAGUUUCAGAUCUAACAGUUACAUGGUGAAACUGCAACUUCAGCAACCAACCAUCAACUAAAACUCUCGGAAGAACAAGAAAGCCAUAUAGAGAUGGAGAGAAAACCAAUUUGGAUUUGCACUUUGGCCACACAAGUCUGUCUCUUCUUUGCACUCUACAUUGCUCUCAACUUGGGCCACCCUCAAACCUCCAUUUACAGAGCCAAAAACAGCAAUGAAUUUUAUUUUAUCAGUGUUUCUGGAGGCUUUAGACCACUUCUACAGCAGACCCUUUUGCUCAAAACGAUGGAAAAUGUGGCGAAAUCUCACAAAGCGAAAUUCGUAAUCAACACUAGUGAGCUUGGGGAAGAUGAUCCACUCAAACAAAACGCUACUCGGUUUUUCCCAUCUUUGAGAGUUCCAUGGUAUUCUACAAGAGUUUCAGAAGAGAAGGAAAUUAAUUGCUUCCAGGAGAAGAUCAAACUACCUCAUGGUGAAACAUUGGAAAUUGUUGGUUUGGAUACUGGUUCAUUACAGGAGACAAUGCUGACAAGAUUAUCAAAUGGCACUUGUGACAACUGUUUAAGUUCUCUGACAAAGACACUGGAAGCAACCGAUGGUCAAUGGUGCAUGGUAGUUGGAUUCCAUCCAAUGGUUGUUUGUGAAGCUAAUGAGGAAAUGAAAGCAAAGGAAAUUUAUGAGCCUCUGCACCAUAUCUUCAUGAAACAUGGAGUGAAUGUGUAUCUGAGCAAGCAUGGUUGCACUAAAUUUGCUCAUCAGGAUAGCAUAGCUUAUAUUGAGAAUCCAGAUCUUGUUGAAUAUUUAGAUGGAAGAGAAAUGGUUGAUGGGUUUCUUCUCCAUGGAGUCAGCCCCAUUGAGAUUGUGACUUAUUUUGUUACCUCGGCAGGGGAAGUUGUGCACAGAACAUUAAUCCGUCAGAGGGUCACAGUUUGUUGUCAUCAAUCUGCUUAAUGCUAUAGACAUUGCACACUAUUGUGGGGGAAGAAACUUCCUUUAUCCCAUUGUGGUAUGCCAAUGUUUAAGGGUGGAUUCGAGCUCUAGCCAUGGGUGUUUGACACUAUCAAGCUCAAGCCAUUAAGGUAAUUGGCCAGUAGGCUGACAUAUGCAAAUAAAACGUUAUUUUGGUCA